UUUCUCUAUAUAUUUCCUUGGACAUGUUAGACUCCUGUCUCUACAAUCUCUCCAAGAUUCAACACCAAGAUAACAAAACAAAACUAAAGAAACCCUCUUUUUUCUUCUCUUCUUCCUUUCUUUCAAUACACACACACUGAAAACUAGCUAGUGCAAUUAUAUUGAAAUGGGGAGACCACCUUGCUGUGAUAAAAUCGGAGUGAAGAAAGGGCCAUGGACGCCGGAGGAAGACAUCGUCCUCGUCUCGUACAUCCAGCAACACGGCCCGGGCAAUUGGAGGGCUGUUCCUACUAAUACAGGUCUACUGAGAUGCAGCAAGAGCUGCCGCCUCCGGUGGACGAACUACCUCCGCCCGGGGAUCCGCCGCGGCAACUUCACCGAGCAGGAGGAGAAGAUGAUCAUCCACCUCCAAGCCCUCCUCGGCAACAGAUGGGCUGCCAUAGCUUCGUAUCUCCCGGAGCGAACAGACAACGACAUCAAGAACUACUGGAACACGCACUUGAAGAAGAAGCUGGGGAAGAUCGAGGGCGGAAAGGGGGAUUCAUCGGAGUCGAAAUGGAUCUCGAAAGGGCAGUGGGAGAGACGGCUUCAGACCGACAUCCACACGGCUAAACAAGCCCUAUGUGAAGCUCUCUCCAUCGACAAACCGGCCGUGGAAUUAAACAAAAUCAUACCAACUCAACGAGGCUCAGAGGCUCAGACAACAACGUAUGCAUCCAGCACCGAGAACAUCGCUCGUUUGCUCAAGAAGUGGAUGAACAAGCCUUCAGAGGCCGUCUCCUCGGAUAGCAACAACUUCUCGGCUGGAUUGAGCUCCAGCCCUAGCGAAGGGACGUUCCACAGCUUCAACUCGUCGAAUUCGGAGGCCUCGGCGUCGGUGGAGAUGGAGAUGGAUCGUGAGGUCAAGUUUGAGACGCAAAUGCCCCUCACUUUUCUGGAGAAGUGGCUUCUUGACGAUGCUGCUGCGCAGGGGCAGGAUGGGGAUUUCUUGGAUAUGGCUUUGGGUGAAACUGCUGAUUUGUUUUGAAGAAUAAUAAGAUUUCUACAAAACAACUCAGGAGUUUAGUUUAAUUAAUGAAAUUGUGUUUUUUUUGGGGGGAUAUUUGAUCAACUGAUGGUUUUUAUUUUUAACUUCAUGUAUGUAAAUGAUCUCUGAUUACUAAUGGUGUUUAGGAGAUCUCAAAGUGUAAUUAUUUGUAGCCUUUGCAUAUGUGCUGGAUAGAAAUAAUUAAGCUCUGAAUGUUUCUACUUUAUAAGAAAUCGGAAUUAAUUAGGGUUUGGUUUUAGUUAGU